CACGGAAGGCGCGCAGGAAAAGAGAGAGCAGGCAGAGCCGAAACAUGUCACGACAGAUGGGAGACAGCCAUCGAAGGUUUCUACAAACCAUGAUGGCCAAUGGCAUCAUUGAUGAGCAGGGGGCGAAGACGCUCCAUCAGCAUUGUUGUCAAACACACAAUGCACAGUAUGCACCAGACAGACUGGAUGAUUUCAUUGAUACCAUCAACUCCAAGCUGCAGCCGAUGUUCAUGCAGAUUAGAAAAGGGAUGUCUGAAGACAAUGGUCACCAGUACUACGCCUUGGUCAACAUGGUUGAAAACGAUGUCACCAGGAUGACGUCAGAUUAUGCUGACAAUGAACUGGAGCUGUUCCGGAAAAUGAUGGACCUGAUUGUCGGCUCUGAGGAUGGCAAACUCUCCUCCAUUGAUAUUCUGAACAGCGCCGACUCCAUGACCACCAAAAAGCUGAAGAAGAGUGAAGUAGAGCACCUCUUGAACCGACUGGUGCAGGACAAAUGGCUCAGUGAGAAACGGGGUGAAUACACCUUGUCCACCAGAUGUAUCAUCGAGAUGGAGCCAUAUAUUCGCACAAUGUAUCAAGACCAGGUGAAAGUUUGUCACAUCUGUCACGCCAUCGCUUUCCAGUGCCAGAUUUGUGAGAAUCCUACAUGUGGCAUUAAAAUCCACAACCCAUGUGUGGCCAGAUACUUCAAAGGAAGAACGGAGCCGCGAUGUCCAGCUUGUGAAGAUUUUUGGCCACAUGAAAUUCCUGAAGUCAGACGGCUGCGUUCUCAGUGAAGGACAUGAUGGCUUGAGCAUCAACUGUGUUUUCUGUUUGUAAAAAGUUGUAAUUAUUUUAUUAACCCAAGUUUGUAAUAAACAAAGUUGUUAUUUAAGUGUUAUAUCGGUAUUGGUUACAUAAAAUAAAAUGGAUUACAUUUCA